AUGGAUGGGGAAGAUAGUUUUGUGGCUCUGGUCCACUGCUCUGGAAAAAUUCAAAAGAGCAAAAAGCAUGAUGUGAAAUUCACAGAUAGAGAACCGAUUCCCAUUACCGUUGUGUCAACUGGUGUGAGAUAUGAGAUCUUUGUGAUAGGGUCUGAUGAAGACCUGCAGGUCUUGUUUCACUGCAGGCGUAGUUUUCCGGAGGUGAGGAUACCUGAGCUGUUUGCAAAGUUGGAAGAUCGUGUGGAUAGCUUCGGGGCAUCGGUACCGGAUCCUCAGUCGACCACAGUUGGUGGUGCCUCGACAUCAAUGCCUGUGGUAGCAGCGGCAGUUCUACCUCCCGAGCCCGAACGUGCUGGGGCUGUUCAUGAAAGUGUGUCUCAUUGUGUGCCUGAGGUUGAGUUUGAGGUCAGACCGGAUCGAGUUGAGAAUGCGCUGUGUGAUGAUGAUUCCGAUGAGGAGCCGGUUGAUAUUGGUGGGGACAGUGAUGAUGAUAUACCAAGAGGUACACGUACAACCCAUGGAGGUUCCGGUUCUAGAACACAAGAGUACCCUCCCCACCUGUCGUCUUUGAACUUGGAAGCCAUCGGCCAACACCAUAAUGUAGAGGCAACAUUCGAUGGGCAGGGUAUGCAUGAUAGGACAGGUUUGACUGAAUUUCAGAUUGGCCAAUCGUUCCAGAGUAAGGAGGAAGCUGUGUUGAGCGUAAAAGAUUACAUCAUUUGGCGUGGAGUUGAGUACAGGGUUAUAGAAUCAGACAAUCUAAAAUACCAAGGGAGAUGCAAGGAGUUCGGUAACGGUGCACUUGGUUGA